AUGGCUACGGCGGCGUGGUAUCAUCGUGACAUCAGCCGCGUGCACGCAGAGGACCUGCUGGCGCGGGCAGGGAGGGACGGCAGCUACCUGGUGAGAGACAGCGAGUCUGUGCCGGGAGCCUACGCGUUGUGCCUGCUGUUCCAGCGCCAUGUUCACACCUACCGCAUUCUUCCCGACGCGGACGGCCAUCUAGCGGUCCAGACGACGCAGGGGGCGCAGGUGAACUGUUUCCGGACCCUGGAGGAUCUGGUGUUGGGGUACCAGCAUCCCCACAAGGGCCUGGUCGCUCCUCUGCUCUACCCCGUCCCGCGGGACGCAGACCCCGGGGAGGAGAGCUCAGAAGACGAGAAGCAGCCUGCGGGUCCCUCCUCGGUCCACGCUGUGCCUUCCACAGGACCACCUGCAAAAGCCACCCCUCACGCCUUGUUUCUGGAUAAGCUGCGGGAGCGGCACACAUCCAGCGCUGCGGGGGACGUGAUCGAUCUACUCAAUGACUACCUCUCGAGUGAGCUGCCUCUUGACAUUGAGAACGUGCACAAAGGGGCCACGACUCUGUCCCACCUCAAUCGCACUCUGGGUACUGCGUGCCAAGGGUUAAACAGUGAAAUCGACGUGACCCUCUCGAGCCUGGAGACCCUGGCCAAGGUGUUCGACCCUCCGAGCUGCUCUUUGACGCAUGCCAAGAAACAGGGCCCUGAGAUGGAUAUAGACACUCUGCUGUGUAAGGUCUCAGCUCUGGUCAGCCUCCUUUCUUCACUGGAGAAAAAGGUAUUACAAGCAUUACAAGACGCGGUGACCAGUCACAAUCUGGCAGUGCAGCCUAACCCACCCCCUCCCGAACCAGCACCUGUCAAGAACCAUGCUGGACAGUUGCCAGUUCACUCCUUCCAGGUGAAGGUGGUGAGGUACGGCAGGCAGACUGUUUCCGUGGACGUGGAGGCGGGCGCGCUGCUCUUCGACAAGAAGGCUGGUUCCUUCGGUAUAGAGAGGGUCUCGCAUGACCGAAUCCUUCAGAUCGGCAUCUUCCAGAGCAGUCCGGUAAAGUUGCGCAUGGUGGUCGACAGCCGCCAUGCGGCGCCCCGGGAAAUGACGUUCGAGAGUGCGCGGAAGCGCGACGCGUUCUGCCGACUCCUCCAGCUGAUGAGAAGCAGGCACUCGCAGCUGAGGGAACCGGACGUGAUCUCCGUGUUUGUUGGCACCUGGAACAUGGGUGGUUCCCCUCCUCCCCGCAGCCUGCAGUCGUGGGUCGCCUGCUGCGGUUUGGGGCACACGCCGGAUGACUCGACCGCCUCGCUGCCGCACGACAUCUACGCCUUCGGGACGCAGGAAAACCCUCAGGGGGAGAGAGAGUGGACGGAACACAUCAAAGCGAACCUUCGCAGCCACACGCACAUGGACUACAAACAAGUGGCAGUACAGUCUCUGUGGAAUAUGAGGCUGGCCGUGUUUGUGAAGCCGGAGCACGAGGGCCGCGUCAGCCAUGUGCACACAGCCAGUGUGAAGACCGGCUUGGGAAACACAUUGGGAAACAAGGGAGCCGUCGGCGUCUCCCUCCUCUUCAACGGCACGUCCUUUGGGUUUGUUAACUGCCACCUGACGUCUGGAAGCGAAAAAGUCCUGAGGAGGAACCAGAACUUUGUGGACGUCCUCAGACUUCUCUCUCUGGGCGACAAGCAGCUCGGUGCCUUCGACAUCAGCCUGCGCUUCACCCACCUGCUGUGGUGCGGAGACCUCAACUACCGGCUCGACCUGGACGUCCAGGACAUCCUGAAACACGUCUCCAAGAGAGAGUUCGAGGAGCUCCUGCGUGCCGACCAGCUGACCAGAGAGAGACGCAAGAGGAAGGCCUUCCUCAAUUUCAAGGAAGAGAAGAUUGCAUUUCCACCCACAUAUCGGUACGAGCGGGGCUCCAGAGACUGCUACCUGUGGCAGAAGUACAAGACUUCGGGAGUGCGAGUUAAUGUUCCGUCGUGGUGUGAUCGGAUUCUGUGGAAGUCCUACCCAGAGACACACGUCUUGUGCACUGCUUACGGUUGCACGGACGACAUCUUCACCAGCGACCACUCGGCCGUUUUUGCCACGUUCCAACUGGGAGUGACGUCCCGGUUCAGCUGCGCGGCGGACGCGGCGGCGUCCCGUCACCGGGUGAACAGCCUCGCCGUGCAUUCGUCUGGCGCCGACACACACGCGAGCGUGGAGAAGGCCUGGAUAGAGCUCGAGGGCAUCGAGGCCAUCGUGAAGACGGCGAGCAAAGCAAAGUUCUUCAUCGACUUCCAUUCGUCUUGCCUUGAGGAGACACAGCGCUCGAGUGAGAAUGACUCCCAGAGAUGUGAUGUUCCCGGAUUUCCCAAACUGGGCUGGUCCUUCAAACAACUGCCAAAGCUUUUUCCAAUCGUGUCUGACAUGGAGUAUCUUCAGGAUCAGCACCUGCUGUUGUCUGUCAAGUCAUGUGACGGGUUUGAGUCCUACGGGGAAUGCUGCGUGGCUCUGCGCUCACUCACCGGUGCCUCGGAGCAGUUUGAGACCUUUUUGAGUCACAGAGGCGAGGAGAUGGGCUCCAUGAGGGGACGAGUCCGGGUCCACGUGCCCAAGGACAGACGAGGAACUCGAGAGAAGACCUACGAGUGGUUCUAUUUUGAGAAGGAUGGCAAAGGUCCCGAAAGGGGACAAAUGUCUCCUGCGUCUACAAGAGUCCCAGUAAACAGGACUCUGGCAGCUCCUCCCAAACCAACCCCGAGCAGCUACACCAAUCCAGCCUACUUCAUCUUUGAAGGCGUGUCGGUGCCCCGCAGGGUGGAGGAGGCUCCCCUUCAGCGUCGGGACUCUCUGGUGAUCUGGUCUGGGAACGAGGCCCUGCCGCUCCCGAAAAUCUCAGGGCGCAAGGAAUCCGACGGCGGACCUUGUCGCAGAUCGGACUUUACAGAAAUUGAGAUUCCAGUCGUCCUGCCCCAGUACGCCGCGGCCAACGACCUCAACUCACCACACGCCAGCUCCUCUUAUCAGCUUUUCCCGGCUAAAAACCCGUCCCCCGUCCACCCGACCGCAAGUGACGCCAUGUCUCUUUACCAGGAACAGACCUCACACACCAGAGACAAGUACCAAGGAAAAAAAAUAGUUGAUGACCCCGUACUCCCCGAAAAGAACUUGAGAAACUUGUAUAUGAAUCACACGGCAAUCAUCAGGGAACAAGACCGAAGGAAUCAUCAUCAGCAGCAGCAGCUUCUCCCAGAAAGGACCAAACCUGUGUGGGCACCCAAGGUGCCGCCGGCUGUCCCCUACGUCCCCGCCCAAUCGGCACACUCUCAGGCCCCUGUCCCCUGGAUGGGGGACCAGCAGCCCCCGGGGGACAACUCCCUCACUGCUUUGCAAAUGGCAAAGUCCCUCAGCGAAGUUGACUUCUUUCCUCCCGCGCAGAGAGGGCCGUGCGUACCCGACCACGGGCCCAGUUACAGAAAGGGCCCCGCCGUGCACGGAGGUGGAGACUACGGCUGGGAGAAAGAGGUGUCGGUGCUCCAAGGUGCGCCAGAGACUGUGCGGGAGCUUCUCGGUGCUCUGGGUCUUCAGGAAUACACCCUAGGACUCAGCCUGAAUGGAUGGGAUGACGUGGAUUACUUCAGCGGCAUCACUGAGCAGGAUCUACGCGCCGCAGGAGUGACAAACCCUUCGCACCGACGCAGGAUCCUCGAGAACCUGCCCAGGAACUGGAACUGACCCACGAGGAGAGGAGUCGUGCUCCCGAGGUCCGAAAGGCAGGACGGACGGAGUGGGUGUCAAUCGCACAGCAGCUGCACCUGACCACAGCGCCGCCGUCUUUUCAUCCGCCCAAUCAAUGCCGCUUGGCCGGUUUGUCUGCGUCAACGGAGCGCAGGAAGUACCUGUCGGCACAGCGUGCUUUAUUCAUCCAUCCAUCUCGGGCGGAUAAUGAAAGCGGUGGGGGAUGUGGAUGUGGAAACUUAAUUUGUAUCUGAAGUUAUUGACACAAGGGCUCAUUGAUUUAGCUUUAAUGCUUUUUAAAUGGCUAUGAAAAUACAGUCAUUUAAUUUCCAGCGUGCACUCAAGGUUAGUGUUCAUGGUUCACCUUCAUCCCUUCGACUGUGUGCUUUCCAUUACUCUGCGAUUAUUGAGCCUGGAUCUGAGCUUGUAAAAGCCUCCUAUUAAACCUGUGGAGCAUAAAAUCCAUAGCUGCAUACAUCUACUGGAACAGCGUCUGUAAAGUUGGUAUAGAAGGACUUGCUAUAUCUGGUUAUGUUUACUGUCCCAUAAUGUUGCUAUCAUGUCACUUAAUCAGUACCACUGUCCACUGUGCAUGUUACAUGAAUCCAUUUAUUUUAAGUAAAGUGCAUAAAGCCUC